AUGCGGACCAACGUGCCUUCAUGGUGUGACAGAAUCCUCUGGAAAUCCUAUCCGGAGACACACAUCAUGUGCAACUCUUAUGGCUGUACAGAUGAUAUUGUCACCAGCGAUCACUCGCCGGUCUUCGGCACGUUCGAGGUGGGCGUCACGUCUCAGUUCGUCUCUAAGAAAGGUCUGCCCAAGUCUUCAGAACAGGCCUACAUCGAGUUCGAGAACAUCGAAGCCAUCGUCAAGACGGCCAGCAGAACCAAAUUCUUCAUCGAGUUCUACUCAACCUGUCUGGAGGAGUUUAAGAAGAGCUAUGAGAACGACACUCAGAGCAGUGAUAACGUGAACUUCCUGCGCGUGGGCUGGACAUCCAAACAGCUGACCACACUGAAGCCCAUUCUGUCCGACAUAGAGUAUCUGCAGGACCAGCAUCUGCUGCUGACCGUCAAAUCCCUGGAUGGAUACGAGUCCUACGGUGAGUGUGUACUGGCGCUAAAAUCUAUGAUUGGCAGCACGACGCAGCAGUUCCACACUUACCUGUCUCACCGCGGUGAAGAAACGGGUAACAUCCGCGGCUCCAUGAGGGUCCGAGUCCCGUCUGAACGCAUGGGAACAAGAGAACGACUCUACGAGUGGAUCAGUGUGGAUAAGGACGAGACGGGCGGACCGAAGGGCAGGACUCUUCCUCCUCGAGCCGGACACGACUAUGUGAAACCGUCCAGCAGCAGGAAGCUGGGCUCAGCUGACCUCGGGAAAGUCUCAGAGGAAGGAGAGAAGAGCGUCACGGGACGACACACACACUCCUGUAAAGAGGAGAGCACACAGAACAGAGGCAAACAGGAUCCGUUCGAGGGCGACGCCACGACGUGCAAAAACAGCUUUAAUAACCCCGCCUACUACAUUCUAGAAGGCGUUCCCAACCAAUCCGCUGCUCUGGCCUCUGACAUGCUCCCAAGCUCCGCCCUCCCUCCGCUAGCCAAUAAAACAGCUCCUCCUGCAGGCGGCGUAGGGAAAAACAAGCCGCCCAGCGGGAGUUCAGUGCCGGGCCGCCGGCAGACGUCUGGACGCCCGGUUCGGCCCAUCAGCGAGGAAGGGUCAUCAGAGGACGACGGGAACAUCGGGCCUCACGUCGGGUCGCUGAAUCGCCCCCCGCCUGACUUCCCUCCUCCUCCGCUGCCCAAAGGAGCUCUGGAGAUGCCGGAGAACUCGUUCGGAAAACCGCGGAUGUUUCCGGACCUCGCCAACGUCAAGAUCCCGCCCACGUCUGUAGUUCCGUCCAAACCGCUGUCGUCGCCCAGCUUCGCACCACCCUCUGGAGGAGGCGUGGCCUUCUGUCUGGAGGCACCGCCCAUUAACCCGAGCCCUUUCCGUCGUGGGGGCGGGGCCUCGGGACUGGACGACCAAUCGUGUUCGGUGCUGCAGAUGGCCAAGACACUGAGUGAAGUGGAGUAUCCGUCGGGGAGAGGCGUCAUGAAGACAAACGCUCCUCACAUCAGAGGCCUGACCUUCCCUCCGCGCUCCAUACAGGAGGAGAGCAUCGCAGAAGACAUGCCCGAGGAGGGCCUGUGGCAUGACGAGAGCAGCAGCAGCAGUCUGUCGGUGGAGUGCAACGUCGGCGAGUGGCUUCAGAAGCUCGGUCUGCAGCGUUACGAGGAGGGACUGCUGCACAAUGGCUGGGAUGACCUGGAGUUCCUCAGUGACAUCACAGAGGAGGAUCUGGAGGAGGCGGGCAUUCAUGACCCCGCCCACAAGAAAAUACUAUUGGCCAGCUUAAAGCAACAGCAGCAGCAGAAAUGAGCCGAUCCAGACCGGACUGAACCGAGAGAAACUUUGCACUGGUAGAGAAAGUGGCUUUAAUUUAAUCUGAUGUAAUAAAGCUGGUUGUUUUAGUUCGUAAUAUUAUUUAAACAAGUCAGAAAGGACGUUUCACUAAGCCCCGCCCCCAACUUCUGGAGGAAGUGAGUCAUCGGAACAUUCCUCACCUUUGGUGACUGAAGUGUUAAUUAUGAACAGUUUGUUUUUCUUGCAUGUUUUAUGACUUUAAAGGAAAGGGAAAAGCCCAAAUCAGCAGCUCACCUUGUAGGAGAUCAGUCAGUUUGUCAGAAAUCUUCAUCAGGUUUGUAACAGCAGGUGGCGCUGGAUGAUCAGGCUUCGUCUGAGUCCAGCAGAAACAGAUGUGAAUCUUUGUUUGUUCGUUCAAAUGCAGUCUGAUUCGUUCAUUCAAGAUGUGAUGAGUUCAGAUCCUGCUUCAGAUUCAGUGUUUGUGUCUCAGUCUCAAAGAGCUUUUCUUUCAGAUGAGCUUCAGUUUGGGAAGCUGGAGUUUUACCUCGUUCUGUAAUGCAUCACACCGCUGUAGCCUUUAGCAGGAAAACUGUUCGUUUUAUUUAACAGAGUCUUUAAUAUUAUUAUCAUUGGAGUGUUUCUCCUAAAAUGCAUGUAUAUGUUCUUGCAUAUUUGUUUUGUGUAUUAAGUUUUAACUUUAUAUGUUUCUCGCCCGUCAUUCAUAAUCAUAAUCCUUUGAAUAUUAUUAACUGUUUAACUCUUGUGUUGUUAUAAGUUAAUAUUGUGUUUGAGUUUCUGUCC